GCUCGCAAGUUUCCAGGUCUAUGCAUUAACUACUGUAACGACUUCUACGACAAAUGCAGCGGAGCCGUCUGGUUUUUAGACUCUAGUCUUGCCAGCACAAGCAUCGCAGGAGACAAGCACAGGUAUGCACUGAAAGACACACUUUUUGGUAUCGGUUUCUGCUGUGACUCUGAGACACAUUCUCGUUUUGAUUACAGGUUCUGUAAGCAGGUGGCUAUAGCAGACGAUGUGUACUGUUACCCUGACCUGCUCACCAGUCCUCUGCUUCUCCGCAACCUUACGACUAUUCAUCAGCAGCAUACCAGUAGCACAUCGGGUUGUCUCUGCUUGGAGCCCAUCAGGGACAACUUGGCCAACCCUCUGUGGGCCCGACAUGCAGGCGAUGGUUCUGGUAGGCUGUUUGUUGCUGAGCAACAAGGUAGAGUGCGAAUAUACAAUACCAAAACAAAACGAUGGAACAAGAAAUGUUUCCUAGACUACACAAACAAGACUUUGGUGGGCAGAUAUGCUGGCGAUGAACGCGGUUUUCUGGGAAUGGCUUUUCAUAGGAACUAUUCUAGAAACGGGCGCUUCUUUGUGUAUUACGUCACCAGAAGAAGAGCCGACGAUGAGCUACCACCAGAACUACAGGAUCUACCCUUUCCCUUCCAGACGAAAGUUGUUAUCAGCGAGGGAAGAGUCUCCAGGUCAAAUCCUAACAGGGCUGAUCGUAAAUUUGAGAAGGUUAUUCUGGAGGUGAUACAGCCGUAUGACAAUCAUAAUGGAGGCGAGCUGAUGUUCGGCCUUGAUGGAUACUUGUACGCUUUCAUCGGAGACGGGGGAGGAGCAGGUGACCCAAUGAAAGCUGGACAGAACAAAUCAUUGCUUCACGGGAAGGUGCUCCGACUGGACGUGGAUUCUGAUCUGACAAAACCUUACAGUAUCCCAUCGGACAACCCAUUUGUGGGAGAAGUUGGCAGCCGGCCGGAGAUUUUUGCCUAUGGCAUCCGCAACAUCUGGAGGUGUGGACUGGAUCGUGGAGGUAAAUGUUGUGAGUCUAAAGGUCAGAUUGUUUGCGGGGACGUGGGUCAAAAUGCCUUUGAAGAGAUCGACGUCAUAAAGAAGGGAGCUAACUAUGGCUGGAAUGCCAGGGAAGGAUUUGAGUGCUAUGAUGAUGAAUUAUGUGGACGGAUAGGUCGCGAAGAACUUCCUGUUCAUGCCUAUGCACAUGGGAUUGGUCAGUCUGUGACUGGGGGCGUGUUCUACCGUGGUUGUGAAAACCCCGCCCUACUGGGACAAUACGUGUAUGGAGAUUAUGUCAGUGGCCGCUUGUUCUCCCUGACGGAAGCUGGAGGAACCUGGACAAACAAGGAUGUGACCUUGUGUGGUCCUUCAUUGUGUCAAGGCCAGUUUGUCGGACACUUGAACGAUUACAUAUUAUCAUUUGGUGAAGAUGAAGAUG